AUGGUUGCUGCCCGUUUCCUGACUCUGGAGGAGUACAAGUCAUGGACGGAGGGCAGUUCUUCUAACCCUUGUAAUAAUAUCUCUGCAUGUCCCCCCCCCCCCUCCUUGGGUCUACCAAAAGCACCUUUAGAAGACAGCAAGCUGGCGACCAGAGCAGGAAAGGAAUGCAAGAAGGAGGAGGAAGAGGAGUAUGUGGUGGAGAAGGUUUUGGACCGGAGAGUGGUGAAGGGAAGAGUGGAGUUUCUGCUGAAAUGGAAGGGGUUCUCAGAUGAGGAUAACACAUGGGAGCCACAAGACAACCUGGACCUGGACCUUAUCACCGAGUACAUGCAGAAACACGAGGAGAUGGAGGAGAAGAAGGAGGGCAAGAGGAAAGGUGUCGGGAAGGAGGAGGCACUUUCAGCACACGACAAACUGGCUACUGGAGCAGGAAAGAAGGGCAAGAAGGAGGAGGAAGAGCCUGCAGCAGUAAUAGAGGAAGAGGAGUAUGUGGUGGAGAAGGUUUUGGACCGCAGAGUGGUGAAGGGAAGAGUAGAGUUUCUGCUGAAAUGGAAGGGGUUCUCAGAUGAUGAGAACACAUGGGAGCCGCAAGACAACCUGGACCUGGACCUUAUCACCGAUUACAUGCAGAAACACGAGGAGACAGAGGAGAAGAAGAAGAAGGUGGGCAAGAGGAAAGGUGUCAGGGAGGAGGAGAAACGUAGAGGAAGAGGAGUCAAACGUCACCGCUGUCAGCACUGUGACAAAUCCUUCACAACAUCAGGAUAUUUAAAGAUUCAUCAGAGAGUUCACACUGGAGAGAAGCCUUACAGCUGUGAUCAAUGUGGGGCAGCUUUCACAGUACAGAGUGCCCUGAAAAGACAUCGACGCAUUCACACUGUAGAGAAGCCAUACUGGUGUGAACAAUGUGGGGAAACCUUUUCUCAUAGUGGUAGCCUUAAAUCUCACCAACACAUUCACACUGGAGAGAAGCCAUACUGGUGUGAACAAUGUGGGGAAACUUUUUCUCGUGGUGAUGCCCUUAAAUCUCACCAGCGCCUUCACACUGGAGAGAAGCCCUACUGGUGUGAACAAUGUGGGGAAACCUUUUCUCAGAGUGGUAACCUUAAAUCUCACCAGCGCAUUCACACUGGAGCGAACCCAUACUGGUGUGAACAAUGUGGGGAAACAUUUUCUCGUGGUGAUGCCCUUAAAUCUCACCAGCGCCUUCACACUGGAGAGAAGCCCUACUGGUGUGAACAAUGUGUGGAAACCUUUUCUCAGAGUGGUAACCUUAAAUCACACCAGCGCAUUCACACUGGAGCGAAGCCAUACUGGUGUGAACAAUGUGGGGAAACAUUUUCUCGUGGUGAUGCCCUUAAAUCUCACCAGCGCAUUCACACUGGAGAGAAGCCAUACUUCUGUGAACAAUGUGGGGAAACCUUUUCUCAUAGUGGUACCCUUAAAGAUCACCAGCGCAUUCACACUGGAGAGAAGCCCUACUGGUGUGAACAAUGUGGGAAAACCUUUUCUCAGAGUGGUAACCUUAAAACUCACCAGCGCAUUCACACUGGACAGAAGCCGUACUGGUGUGAACAAUGUGGGAAAACCUUUUCUAAUAGUAGUUACCUUAAAAGACACCAGCGCAUUCACACUUCUUCGUUGUGAACAUGUUUCAGAGCCAAGCUGUUUCCUCCUCCUCAUGCCCUGAUAGCUGUGUUGUUAUAUUCUGAUCUUCUCUCCACAUUGAAGGCUGACCAGCAUUU